CCUGUGUGGCUCUGCAUAGCAGACAUGUUUCUCACUGCUAGAUAUUACUCAUUUCCUCAGCCCUUUGCACACACAAGCAUAUACACACUCACUUGACACACACGUACUCAUAUACACAACAGACACAGACGGAUAGCAGGCUCUCAGUUUUUUCCCUCAGUUUGGUGGGCUCGCUGGUGCUAUUUCAUGCGUACAGAGAUCAGAGGCAGUGUGUAGCUGGAAGCUGCUGAUAUCUGCGGGUGUUGUAACUGGCUGUAGUGCUUUGGAGAAGCAGUGUAGCACAGUAAGGAGCUGAGGAGUGGGUUGACCCUCUGGGAGGACUACAAUAUGAAUGACUGCCAACUCCGGGAUGUCUGCUUAGCCUGCUGUAAGGUGAGUGGUGCUUCAGCACAAGAGAAUCCACAGUGAUCUGACAGUGAUGCUGUGUGUCAGCUUUCCCCUCUGUCUGCACCCCUCUUUCUCCCGUGAGGCCCAUGUGACCUAGCCUACACCCAUAAACAGGGGGCCCCCACUGCCGCUGGAGCCCACCCAUGAAUCCCAGCCCUGACCGCGGCAAAGAGUGCCUCCCUCCGAAGAAGAGGGAGUCUCGCCAAGGAUCAGCAGAACACCACAUCCCCCUGGAUGAGUUUAAACCCCCUGUACCUCUGCGGAGUCGGUCCAGUAUAGGGAGAGGAGAAGCCAGUGAAAGGGACCGUGUCCAGGCAAAUCCGAACCCGCAUCUCCUACAUACUCCUCCACCCCUUCCUGCUCCAAUACCAGGCCUCCCUGUGCCCAUACCAUGGACCCUAAGCUAUUCACCCACUGUUUCUCUUCCGCUCUUCACAGGGCAGGUCAGCGAAAGGAGGGGCUCAGGAUCACCCGCUUGGAGAGAUGAUCCUCUUUCCUCAUCCCUGCCCCAUCACUCCAGGUGGCUCAGAGGGGAGGUUCCCCUUUCUCUGCCACCUUCUCCAUCAUCCUCCUCUACUUCAUCCUUUAAGACUCCCUUCCCAGCCAGUCCCAGAGAGAUGUGGUCCUAUAUUAACAGCGGUCGGCGGGACUAUAGCUCCUCUCUCUUUUCCCCAUCAUACCUGUUUGGCCACCACCCUCUCUACUCCCAAGAACCAAGCUUAGUUGAAGUGAGACCCAGGUACUUGGGAAAGCGGCCCAAUGGCCUGGAUGGGUCAGGCAGCAGGACUGCCUCAGCCUCUAGGCCUCUGCUCACAGGAGACUAUGGGAAUGAUAGCAGCAGAGCCCAGCUUGAUAUUAGUCCACACAGCUCCCAUGCCAAUGGUGGACGGCGACAGCAGGAGGAUCUAACAACACGUAUCCAUUCUGGAGGGCCAUUUUUGUCAGACUCUCAAGCUCAGGGGGCCGCUGAGCCACAUUCCUCACUGCAGGAUAGACAUCUGCCUGGAAUAGUUAAGACCAGCUCCAAUUUGCUUUCUCUCAGUCCCCAUCCUCUUGGACCAGACUCCAGGGCAAGUAGAGGGGGACUAUUGGAUCACCUAGGGGCCACACCAGCUGAAACCCAAAUCAUCUACUCCUUGGGAUCGGCAUGUCCCUCCAGCCCUCAGGCUCAAACCUAUCCACUCUACAGCUCCUCAGGAACAAGUCUUUACAGCCUGCACAGGGAGCCAGGCCCCAGACAGCACAACUAUAGGAACUCACCACACUCACCACUGGGUCUACCUAACAGCCAUGACAGGCCACAAAGAGACCAGGACAGAGACCAAGAAAGAGACAAGGUCACACAAAGGGAGAGGGAGCGCAGUACAGAUAAAGAAAAACAGAAGCAAUCACAGUAUGACAAAGACCAAGAAAGAGACAGUGAGCGUGAGAGACGACGGGACAGAGAAAGAGACAGAGGGAGAGAUUUGUCUCCUUCCCAUCAUCACCCAUCUCCCCCUGCACUCCUACCUCACUUCACCAAGGGUUCUUUGAUUGAGCUAGCCAGCGGGCGACUGAAGCGGGUGGAGGAGCUGAGGACUGAGGACUUCCUGAGGAGUGCAGAUAGCUCCCCAGAAUUCCACCUCAGCACCUGCACCGUCCUGCAGAUUUCCCCCAGUAGUACACAAGGCUUCAGUCACCUGCAUGUCCAUCUCACAGACCGCAACACUCAGGAGUUACUGAAGGUCUUGGUGGAGUAUCCGUUCUUUGUGCAAGACAGAGGCUGGUCUUCUUGCUGUCCCCAGAGAACCACACAGCUGUACAGCCUGCCCUGCCGCCAGCUCACAGAGGGUGAUGUCUGCUUGGCCCUCACCCCCACCCCGACCCAUCGGACACACACUCGUACCAGCUCCAGGACCCAUCGCACGCAACUACCCUCGAGGGCUGCAGCAGAAUCCAGCAGUUCGCACAGGGAGGAGAUGCCACCACCACCUCCUCCUCCCCCUCUGCCUCAACACCCACACCCAACCGUGCCGGCCCCUCCAAGCGCUCUGGCCCGAGAGCCCUUGGCUAAGGACCAGCAGCGCCCACGCAAACGGCGCUGGUCUGCCCCAGACACCCUUCCCUCAACCAGAACUGAUGAAAGCCUCCUGGAUUUACCUCAUGGCUCCAAGCUAAUGAAGUGGCAGUAGAACUCUGCACAUGCAUACUUACACAUACACAGGCGCACAUACACACCCUCCUUGUCUCUGUUGCACCAACCAAGACAAACAAUGGAGAGACCUCAAGGCAGGGUUGCAGGGAAGGAAAUUUAAAAAAUACACACAUAUAUAUAUAAACAACAGAAAACACAGUUUGCAGGUGUCCAUACUGCUGCCCAAAUGAUAGUCAACUCUAUUAAGGCCCCUUCCUCCACCAUUCUUUCCUUUCAUUACCCUUUUUCCUUUCCUUUCCUUU